AUGACACAAGGCUCACAGGCUUCCGUUGUUAAGAUCGCUGGCGCGGGGUUUCGGCUCUCGUUACUCCUCAAUGCUGCCGCUUGUCAACUCGCUCAGUCCAGACUGGAAAUCCAUAGCAUCGCUAAGGGAAUCUCGCUUUUUGCUCUGGCGCUCAAAAACGUUGGGCAGAAUAUUGAGGGCACCGAUGUUGACCAGUCUCCAGAGGCCACAGAGAAAGCCUGGGAGAUCGCCGGACAAGGCCAGAUGAUAUUCAUCGAAAUCGAACACAUGCUGGACAAACUGAAGGCAACCGAUAGAGACAGUGAUCUUAUGAGGAUCCCACUGCAGGAGAGACUCAAAUGGUGUUUCCGGAAGCAGCAUGUCACAUACUUGCUAGCCCAGUUGGAAUCCCUCAAGCUCAGCCUGAUUGUGAUGCUGCAAAUUUUACAGCUCGGGAACAUUAUCAAAUCCAACGUCGACGAGGGGACUGAUACUGAUUCACUUACCUCCAUCGCGGACGAUGCCAUUGCUCAGGAGAAAGCGGAGUCUCAGAACAUGAUCAUCGUCCGAUAUUGGUCUGUCAAGCGGCUAGAUCGUUUGUGGGAUCUUGUGGAACAGGAGACUUUGGAUGCUGCCAGUGACCCGAUAAACCAGAGGAUAAGUUCCAAUUACUCGUCCAAUACGGCAUCGACAUCGAAGCCAUUGACCAGACGCUCGGAUCCAACAAGACUCCCCAUCAUUACGCUCGGAGACAGCGACGUUGGACUAAGUGACAUGGAAAGAUCUCCAAAGGAUAUGGUGCAACUAUCAGAGAGUACAUUGAACUGGCUGCUUCCACUCUGGGUGCCUUUGAUCGAACCUUCGAAGCUACACCACGCCGGCAGGGGCUUUAGCACAUCCAACAAGCGAGUACAGCCUCGAGUCUAUGUCUCUUCAGACACCGAAGAAGAUGAUACCGAAGAGCUAGACUUUGAUAGCCACGAUAUCCGAGGCUACUAUCUCGAGGGAUCAACAAUGGACUGGAGGGAACCCCACUCACAAGAGGCUCGACAGCAUGCAGCAGAGCUACGUCGAAAGUACUCCAGCUACCAGGCCCACGUGGAAAGCGAACCAGAGCCGGACGAACACCUUAAGCAUCGAGAUAAACCUUGCAGCGACUCGAGAAUCAUCGACUCAAGUGAUGAGGGCGAGCAAAGAUCCGACACUCUUCGGCCCUCGCACAGCACCAACCCCAUGCAAGGCCGCCGCGGCAGCUUCCCACCACCAAACUAUGCUCUACCCCGUCCUCCACCACCGCCUUCACACACACAGCCAAGUCCUGCCCAGCAGCCGUACAAAUACUACCCAAACCAAGACUACGUCACGGCGCCUCGAUCCGUCCCAAUGAACAUGAACCAACCCAGCAACCCAGCCAUCACCAAUCCCAAUACCAACCCCUCCCCCAGAGGUUCAUCGCCAAACCAAGUCCACUUCGAGCCUCCCAGGGCCCGAAACCAAGCAUACAACAAUAUCCCUAACAACAAACUCCAACCCCGCCACCAUUCAUCUGCAUACCCGCUUUCCUCCUCAUCCCCCGAGUCUAGCUUCCGAGCCUCACCGCCUCGCUCAGGUCAACGGUCCCCGUCUUCGCACCCACGCCGAUCCUCGCGUGAAGAUGCCAAGGAUCGACAUAAGGCGUUGACUCGUAAUGCUACAAGGGGGUUGGUAGGGAUCGGGGCUAUUGCUGGGUUUAUGGACGCGUUGGAGGCAUUUUCAAUUCUGUGA